GUCACAACCACUCUAACCAUAUCGUAGCUUCUCUUCAAAGCACUCAAAAUAGAUAAUUAUCAACACAAUCUUGUUAUGGCUCCUGACAGAGAUACCCUAUUCGCUUCCUACAAUCAUGUUAAAAGUACUCCAAGCAAUUUCCAAAAGCCUUCAAGGUUAUCAAUGGAUACCCUACAAAGAACAAUAUCGGACAUAUCCUUUGAGCUUAGCAAAGAAGUUGAUGCUGUUGCUGAUGAGUUGACGCUUCCCCCAAUUUCAGAAGUUGAAGAUGCGAAGUGUGAGUGUUGUGGGAUGUGUGAGGAGUGUACCCCAGAGUACAUUGCUCGAGUGCGAGAGAAGUUUUUGGGAAAGUUGAUUUGUGGGUUGUGCUCAGAGGCUGUGAAAGAAGAGAUGGAGAAAUGUGGAGGGAAGAUAGAGGAGGCAUUGAAUGAACACACGAGGGUUUGUGUGAGAUUUAACCGGUUUGACAGGACGAAUCCAGUGUUGUUCCAAGCUGCGGCUAUGAAGGAGAUGCUGAAGAAGAGUUCAAGGUUUGAUGGAAGUAGAGCCAAAUCUCUUAGCCCUAGAGAUCAUAAGAGAGGUUAUGGUAAUGCAAACAAGGGUGGCCUUACUAGGAGUUCAAGUUGCAUACCUUCCAUUACAAAGGAGAUGAGUGACAGAAAGUUUGUCAAUUGAGCACCCUAAUAUGUGUCCAGUAUUCUAAUUGUGAUCCUUUUGAUAUAUAUAAAGGCCUAACAAAAAUCCCUUAAGUCCUCCUUUCUCCUUUCUCCUUUCUCCUUAUAGUCUUCAUCAAAAUACAAACCUUUUUAGCGUUAAUGUUUCCGCAAGUGAUCUCUACUAUUCCUUCUCGUUCCACCUGAAAAUUUUAUCCUUAGAGCUCUUUCUAGAUUUGUGUAUAUCAUGAUGUCUUUUACAUCUUGAAAACCCAUGUUACUGUACAUAUUGUAAGCUUCCUCCUUAGCUUCAAUAACUAAACUCUCCUAUUAGGAUACAUAAAGGUACAUAUAUAGCCUUUCCAGGUAAGACAGAAAUCAACCCCUGAUGUAUGAAGUGAGAACCUAUUUAUGUCAUGUUACCUUCAGUGCCUUUAUGUGUUCAUGAAUGUAUAUUAAUUACUUUCUUAUCUCUUGAAGAACUAAUACAUUUCUAUCUUGUCACAAAGAUUAAAUUAAAUUCUGGUUAAUGGCUUGUAAGAAUAAUGAACUUUGUCCUUGUACAUAUUUAGUCACUAAUUUAUUAUUAUUA